CGGUUCCGCUUAAAUAACCUGUCAGUCCGUCCCACUAACUGUGGGAACAUGGCGUGCCCAUUGCUUAGGCGAUGCUCAAAGUGGAAUGCAAACUGUACGAGUUUAUUCGAGACGUUGUGGUAUUGUGAUGGCAGGUCAGUGUCGUACUCCACGUCUUCUCUGGGGCGGACAUCCUGGAGCUCUGGGACAGGGAACGAGGGACAGCCAUCAUUACUACGAAGACGGACACGUCCAAACACUUUUAACUUUACCACAUCUCUAUCCAGACACCAGCCACGGUUGCUGGAUCCCAAACUACAGGCUUGCUUUUGGAUAAACAGUGCACACACUGAUGUGAAGCUUCAGGACCCCUUCACAAUAGCCCAGAAAGAUCUCACUAACUUAUAUGAUGACAUCAGAAAGGAGCUGUUUGUAUCUAAAGAGCUGAAGGCUUUAUGUCAUUACUACUUUGAUGGAAAAGGCAAGGCCAUCCGACCAAUGAUAGUCGUCCUGAUGGCACGGGCACUCAACAGCCACAGCAACAGAUCCGGAGAUUUGCUUCCAGGGCAGAGGGCCGUAGCUAUGAUCACAGAAAUGAUCCACACGGCCAGCCUGGUGCAUGAUGACGUUAUAGACGGAUCUGAUAAACGAAGGGGGAAGGGAACCAUCAAUGAACUGUGGGGUGAAAAAAAGGCCAUCUUGGCUGGAGAUUUCAUUCUUUCAGUCGCCUCCAUAACCAUGGCCCGAAUUGGUAACAACACGGUUGUAAAAGUGUUUUCCCAGGUGAUAGAGGAUCUGGUGCGAGGUGAAUUCAUGCAGCUGGGCUCCAAAGAGAACGAGAACGAGCGAUUCAAACACUACCUCGAGAAAACGUUCAAGAAGACAGCGAGUCUGAUUGCUAACAGUUGUAAAGCAGUAUGCGUUCUAGUAAGCUCUGAUCCUAAGGUCCAUGAAAUAGCCUACCAGUAUGGGAAGAAUGUUGGCAUCGCAUUUCAGCUGGUGGAUGAUGUCUUGGACUUCACAUCAGGGGCCAAUCACCUGGGGAAACCCUCAGCUGCAGAUCUCAAACUGGGCCUGGCCACUGGACCGGUGCUGUUUGCUUGUCAACAGUUUCCCGAGCUCCAUGCAAUGAUCAUGAGACGUUUCAGCUCUAAAGGAGACGUGGAUCGAGCCUGGCAGUACGUCUUUCAGAGCGAUGGCGUGGAACAGACCAAAAACCUGGCACAGCACUACUGUCAGGAAGCCAUCAGACAGAUCAGUAUGCUCAGGCCGUCGCCGGAGAGAGACGCCCUCAUCCGGCUCACCGAGAUGGUGCUCACCAGAGACAAGUGAAACUCCACCGCCUGGGAUUCACUUUAGGCAGCUACCUGAAGAAAGACAAAAAUCAUCCUGUCCCGCCGUGUUUGCGCUGGCCAGGGUCGGGACAAAGACGCUGAGAGAAGAGAGGGUGCUGGAUUGAGUCGGACUCUGAAUGUGGCGGCAUCCUGAUGUGUCAGAACACUAAAUCACAAUCAAGUGACAGCAAAGACUGGCAUCUGAUGUUACAUGGCUCUGUGAAACACUUCAAAAAAUAUACAUGGGUGACAGGGAGGGAAUCUAUAAAUAGCCCCAUAUUUAAAUACAUUUAGUGCAAAUACUUUGAUUAGGAUUUCCUGAAUGGAGUCAACAGCUAGGAUUUGGAGAGGAAAUAUGAACUAAAAGAAAAAACUGCACUCCCACUCCACACUUCAUUCAGUACUGUCAUUGCCACAUCCUAUCAUGCUUGAAACUUUGACAGAGAGCGGAAAACAAUCUGUGGUUUUCCAAAGGAAGAGCAACAUUGUCACCGGUGUCCGUUUGGAUCUAUGUUUGACAAGAUCCGUCCACACCUCAGAGGCCAAACAGUUUUUAGUGAAACGCUGUAAUUCAAAUGCAAAGUGCCCUGUAACAAACCACGGCCUUAUCAUCUCCAACGACUGUGUGUGUGUGCUCAAUAAAUGUCUGUUUUAUUUAAGCCAA